AUGGCCGACGAUACGAAGUAUUCGAUUGACGACGGUCAUAAACCCUCGGUCGACGAUGGCCAUGUCGAGAAGACCGCUUCGCGAGAACAGAAUCCACCCAAAUACGACGGUGGACGCCGACGAAGCUCAUUCUGGGACAACAGCAAGGAAGAUGAAGACCCUUUUGGCGAUGAAGAAGACUCCGAAGUCAAAUAUCGCACCAUGACCUGGUGGCAAGCUGCCAUGGUAAUGAUUGCAGAAACCAUCUCCCUUGGCAUUCUGUCUCUUCCCUCCGUCCUCGCGGCGGUCGGUAUGGUUCCCGGAGUGAUAAUGAUCAUCGGUUUGGGAAUCGUGGCAACAUACACGGGCUACACGAUGUAUCAAUUCAAGCUACGAUAUCCUUGGGUGCAUAACAUGGCCGAUGUGGGUCAGGUUCUGCUUGGACCGAUCGGAAGAGAAGUUUUUGGUGCUGCCCAGGUCAUUUUCUUGAUCUUCACAAUGGGAAGUCAUGUCUUGACUUUCACAAUUGCAUUUAACGCGAUUACGGGGCAUGCGACUUGCACGAUUGUGUGGGCGGUUGUGGGGACAAUAAUUCUGUUUCUGUUUACUUUGCCCCGUACGUUGAAGAAUGUCAGUUACCUGUCGAUUGCGUCCUUCAUCAGCAUUGUUGCGGCCGUCUUUAUUACCAUGAUUGGAGUGGGCAUCGAGAAACCGGACCCAGUGGUAAAAGCUACGGUUGUCGUGGGCUUCGCACCAGCUUUCCAAGCCGUAACGAAUAUCAUCUUCGCCUAUGCCGGACAUGUUGCAUUCUUCACCUUCAUCUCCGAGUUGAAGGAUCCAAAGGACUUCCCAAAAGCGCUCAUCUUCUUGCAAAUUUGGGACAUCAGCUUGUAUGUUGUCGCAGCAAUCGUCAUCUAUCGUUACGCGGGACCUGAAGUGGUUUCGCCGGCUCUGGGAUCAACUACUCCUGUUGUCAAGAAAGUGGCUUACGGUAUUGCUCUACCAACAAUCGUUAUUGCUGGUGUGAUUUACGCGCACGUCGCGAGCAAGUACAUCUACCUGAGAAUCUUCCGUGGCACGAAGCACAUGGGCACUCGAACUUGGCUCGCAGUCGGCUCGUGGUUGGCGAUCAUUGGCACACUCUGGAUCAUUGCCUGGAUCAUUGCCGAGAGUAUUCCAAACUUCAACGAUUUGCUCUCGUUGAUCUCCUCCCUUUUCGCAUCCUGGUUUACAUACGGUAUCUCUGGUGAGUUGCACCCUUUGCCUCGGAUUCUGUGA